AUGGCAACUGAAUAUUUGCAUACACUAGAAGAAUAUUUUUUGAGUAUCAAAAAUAAGAGUUAUAUUGAAGCAUAUUUAAUUAAUCCGAAAUUAUCAAAAUGGGAUUUUUUAAUAUUCUUAUUGAUUUUUAUGUUUGUAACUUUAUUAAGAUUGCUAUUUUCAGGAAUUAAUAAGGUUAUAGUAAGAAAUAAUAGUAUUUUAUAUAGACUAGCUAGCAAUUCUUUAUUAGAUAAAAUUAAUAAGAAAUGGAAUAUUUCGAAAAAAGGUCAAUUAUAUAAGUGGAAAGAAAAUUUUUGGUUUGCAAUUUGGCACACCUUUUCAUUUUUGUAUAAUUUUGUUUUAUUGUUAUGCAUGUCGGGAUAUUUAAAUAAUAAAAAUGGAUGGAUAAAAAUGUGUAUAAAAGAGCCAACAGGAAAAUGGCUUUUUUUAGUGACAGAAGAAGAGUUUAGUGAAAAUAAAAGAGGAUGGCCAUUUAUGUAUACAAACAAUUAUGUGUAUUAUUUUUAUAUUUUACAAAUAUCUUAUUGGUCAUCUUGUCUCUUUUAUUUAAAUUACGAAAUAAAAAGAAAAGAUUUCUACAUUUUUAUUUUGCAUCAUAUUUCUACUAUAAUUUUAUUAGCUUAUUCUCAUGUACUUAAUUUCUGGAGAGUUGGAUUACUAAUUCUUUUUAUUCAUGAUAUAGUUGAUAUAGUUCUUUAUUUUUCAAAGUUAUUGAAUUACUCAAAUAUAAGAAGUCAAAUUCUUCUUUCAAUAUUUUAUGUAUUAUUUGUCUUAUCUUAUUUUUUUUUUCGUAUCUUUUUAUAUUUUUAUUAUAUUGUUCUUCCUUUAAGCAAUACGAAAAUUAUUCGAUCUUAUACUGAUGGUUUUAUAUCAACACACUUUGAUGUUCCUGGUGGAAUAGUUUUAAUUAUUUUUUUAUGGGCAUUAAUGUUUAUGCACUGUUACUGGUUUUUCUUAAUUUUAAAGAUGAGUCGUAUUUUUAUUAUCAAAACAAUGAGAAAUGAAAAAAUCACUGAUAUAAGAAGUGAUGAUGAAGAUGAUAAUGCAUCAACUACAGAGAGUAUAAAAAAGGAAAAUUAA